AAUCAUAUUUUCAGAUUUUCUUCUCUCUUUGCGUUCGAUCUGAAAACGAAAGAAAUAAUUAAAAACGAUUUUGAAGAAUCAGGUUCAUACGAGAAAAACGAUGGCGUUGGCCGUUGAGUGCACUCAGUUCAUCGUAAAACAACUUGGAAAGACAAUUCCAAACACAAGGAAACAAUAGCAGUUUUAAACUUUGCAAUUCAAAGCUCUUCAUAAGUAUUUAUAGAUUUACCUGGCGCUCGCCGAGGCACUUGCUCACGUCUUAACGUUUGCCAGUUCAUUUUUAAUUUUUAAUUUUAUUAUUAUUGUUUUUUUAAUCUUCUUCUAGCCAUUUUCACAAACAACUGACAGGUGACAGCUCUUAGAUAUCUCCUCGAUACUGUGACACCGAUCAAGCUUCAUUUAUCAGCCCCUUUUCUGUAUUUGAAAUGGUUAUUAUUUACUUUUUUUUAGUUGGAAGUUGAAGCUUGGAAUUUGGUGAAAGAAAAAACUCCCAUCGAAAUUUCGUGAGGUAAAAUGGACGGUGGAGAUGGGACGGUAAGAUUAGGACCUUUAAAAGCUGGUCGAGACAUAGCUUUGGAUCCGGAUGUCUCCGUUUCUUCGCCGGUAACCAGGCAAAAAGCUGCCGCCGCUAAACAGUUCAUUGAGAAUCAUUACAAGAACUACCUUCAAGGAUUACACGAGCGCAAAGAAAGACGACGAGCACUGCAAAGGAGGGCUGAGGAAGCUCAGGUUUCGAGUGAGGAACAAGAGGAAAUGAUGAGGAAUUUGGAGAGGAGAGAAACCGAAUAUAUGAGGCUGCAAAGACGUAAAGUUGGAAUUGAUGAUUUCAAACAAUUAACUGUAAUUGGAAAAGGUGCAUUCGGUGAGGUUAGGUUAUGUCGUGCUAAAAAUACAGGAGAGAUUUUUGCCAUGAAGAAGUUAAAGAAAUCAGAGAUGCUUAGUCGUGGACAGGUUGAGCAUGUUCGUUCUGAGAGAAACUUACUUGCCGAGGUUGAUAGCCGGUGCAUUGUAAAGCUGUUCUAUUCUUUUCAAGAUUCUGACUUCUUGUACCUUAUUAUGGAGUAUUUACCUGGUGGUGAUAUCAUGACACUACUAAUGAGGGAAGAUAUUCUUUCUGAAGAUGUAGCACGCUUCUAUGUAGCAGAGAGCAUUUUGGCUAUUCAUUCGAUUCACCAACACAACUAUAUACACAGGGACAUUAAACCAGAUAACUUGAUACUAGAUAAGAAAGGGCAUUUAAAGCUUUCAGAUUUUGGCUUGUGUAAACCCCUAGAUGAAAAGUAUUCAACAAUUUUGUUGGAAGAUGAAGAUUUAACUUCCCAGGAUGCCAGUGAAGCUGAAAUCCAGUCUGGAUCUGAAAGACCCCCUUGGUUGAUGCCAAAAGAACAACUACAACAAUGGAAACAUAACCGCCGUGCAUUGGCAUAUUCAACUGUUGGAACUCUUGAUUACAUGGCUCCUGAAGUUCUAUUAAAGAAGGGUUAUGGGAUGGAGUGUGAUUGGUGGUCUGUUGGAGCAAUCAUGUAUGAGAUGCUCAUAGGCUAUCCUCCAUUUUGUUCUGAUGAUCCUCGGAUAACAUGCCGCAAGAUCAUCAACUGGAGAGCCUGCUUGAAAUUCCCAGAGGAACCAAAAAUAUCUGCUGAGGCUAAGGAUUUAAUAUGUCACCUUCUAUGUGAUGUUGAAAUCCGCCUGGGAACCAGAGGAGUAGAAGAAUUGAAGGAACAUCCGUGGUUCAAAGGUGUUCAGUGGGAAAAGCUGUAUGAGAUUGAAGCUGCAUAUAAGCCAACAGUCAAUGGGGAUUUGGACACUCAAAAUUUUGAGAAGUUCCCUGAAAUUGAUGGCCCUCCCUCCUCAAUGCCAGAAGUGGGACCUUGGAGGAAGAUGUUGACAUCAAAAGAUAACAAUUUCAUAGGAUUUACAUUUAAGAAAUCAGACAUCGUUAAGUCACUUGAAAGUUCAGGAACUGAUAUAAGAUCCAACGGACCUUCAAAAGCCCCUUCUAUCAUUUCCUUGCUAGGUCGAAUCGACCUUCAAGAACCAGUAAUGGCAGAGGACGAGCAGGAACAAGAUACUUGAAUCUGAACACUGUAAUGCUGUGGGCAUAGAGUUUCAUAUCAGGUACACACACUGGGGUUAAAAUAUGUUAUGAGGUUGAAUUAGUCAAAGAAGUGGUGCUUGGAGACAUUAAUAAGGUCAAACAAAAGUAUUUCAAAUUCAUCUUUGACCACUAUAUCCUUGGUUUUCUUUUCUCCAA